AUGAACACGAAGGACGGAAAAGUGUCUGAAGGAGGUCUCAAUGUCACUCUUACCAUUCGCCUUCUCAUGCAUGGCAAGGAGGUUGGAAGCAUUAUUGGAAAGAAAGGUGAGACAGUGAAGAAGAUGAGGGAGGAGAGUGGUGCUCGAAUCAAUAUUUCAGAAGGCACUUGUCCAGAGAGAAUUGUGACAAUAACAGGCCCAACAGAUGCAAUUUUUAAAGCUUUUUCUAUGAUUGCACUAAAAUUUGAAGAGGACAUAAAUGCUUCGAUGACAAACAGCUCCGUGACAAGCAAACCGCCCGUAACACUGCGGCUCGUCGUCCCAGCAAGCCAGUGUGGAUCCCUUAUAGGAAAAGGAGGUUCCAAAAUCAAAGAAAUCAGGGAGUCCACAGGAGCCCAGGUGCAGGUGGCAGGGGACAUGCUGCCCAACUCGACGGAGCGCGCGGUGACCAUAUCCGGCACUCCCGACGCCAUCAUCCAGUGUGUGAAGCAGAUCUGUGUGGUGAUGCUGGAGUCCCCACCCAAAGGUGCCACCAUCCCCUACCGUCCCAAACCUGCCUCUGCACCUAUCAUUUUUGCAGGUGGCCAGGUAAGAGCAGACACCAUUUUGGCUUCAGCUGGAAACCACACCGUCCUGGCCCAGCCUCAGCCAGCGCCCGCGUUCACGAUUCAGGGGCAGUAUGCCAUCCCUCAUCCAGACGUGAGUCCAGCACAUUUGACCAAGCUUCACCAGUUGGCUAUGCAGCAUCCCCCCUUUACUCCCCUUGGGCAGACAACCCCUGGUUUCCCUGGACUGGAUGCCACUACUCCAACCAGUUCCCAUGAACUUACUAUUCCCAAUGAUUUAAUAGGCUGCAUUAUUGGCAGACAAGGCAGUAAGAUAAAUGAAAUCAGGCAGAUGUCAGGAGCGCAGAUCAAGAUUGCUAAUGCCACAGAAGGCUCCGCAGAACGGCAAGUUACAAUCACAGGAUCCCCUGCAAACAUCAGCUUAGCACAGUACCUCAUUAAUGCAAGCUUAGAGAUGGCUAAAGUCAGCACCCAGACCGCUUCCGUCACGACCCCUGUUGACCUCAACAUGAACCUCUCUCAGUCUGCCACCCCUACCUCCACCCCCACCUCCAUGGCCGUGCUGGCGGCCGCCUCCGCCGCUACCGUCAGUACCCCCCCUCCCCUACCAACUCUGCCAACCACCCACUAUGCCGUUCCUGUCUCCAGUCUGCUUGGCAUGAAAACUGUCCCACUGCUGGCACUAAAUGCCGCGGCCGCCGCGGGGGCCACGGGGAGUUUGUCCGCUUACACUGCCAAAAUUCCUUCGACGAGCGGGGUUAAGAAAUCUGACCGCCAGAAGUUUGCUCCAUAUUGA